ACAUGUAGCGAAGUCAUUUAUUCCCCGAAAAAUAUAAAACGUAACAAAAAAAAUUCAUCAUCAAAAAUACAAUUUACGAAAGGAAGGAGCAACCUUUCUUUGUUUCUCUGUGACUGAUACGCUUGCUAGUGACUGAACAAAGAUGAUGUUGAGACAAUUCAUGAAGAAUCAAACUCCAUUUUCUAACUGUCUUCACUUCUUCUAUAAUCCUCAUAGAGAGCUCCAUAGUAGAAAUAAGAAGGCGAUGGAGUUAAUAGCGAAGGGAUGGAGCGCUUUGCAAGAAGUUGAUCGAGUCAUCGAUUACUGCGAACUCAAUGAUCACCGUCUUAUUCCUCUUCUUAGGACUGCAAAAGAGAAUUUUGAAUUGGCUUUGGAGGCUGACAACUCGAAUACCCAUGCCAGGUAUUGGUUGUCCAAAUUGCAUUUGAAAUAUCAUGUUCCUGGGGCAUGUAAAGCUGUAGGAGCUGCUUUGUUGGUGGAAGCAGCAGAUAUGGGUGAUCCAGAUGCACAAUAUGAAUUAGGUUGCCGGCUGAGAGUUGAGAAUGAUUAUGUCCAAUCAGAUCAACAAGCUUUUUAUUAUUUGGAGAAGGCUGUUGACCAGUUGCAUCCAGGUGCUCUUUACCUUCUCGGUGCUGUAUAUUUGACAGGGGAUUGCGUGAAGAAAGAUGUUGCUUCGGCUUUAUGGUGUUUUCAUAGGGCAUCGGAGAAGGGGCAUGCCGGUGCAGCUAUAGCAUAUGGAUCUCUCCUUCUUAGAGGUGCUCAAGUCCCAGAAUCACUCAAGAAAUUCAAUUUGAAGAGGGUUUCUUCCACCAAAAAAGCAAAACCUCCUGAAAGUGCUGUGUUGAACAAAGUAGAAAUAGCAAAAGAACAGUUUCAAAUUGCAGCAAAAGCAGGAUGUGAUCUUGGAUUGAAAUGGUUGCAAAGAAUUUAGGAGGAAGAAAAACGCCUACUUACAGAGAGCAGCUCUAAAGAUCCUUCUCAAAGCUAAAUUGAUAUGCUUAUCAAGCAACAUAUCUAAUCCGAGAGCAGAUCUAGAGAUCCUUCUCAAAGUUAAAUCGGUAUGCUUAUCAAGUAACAUAUCUAAUCUUCAACUCAACCGAGAUAGAAAUUCAGGAAAAUUUUCAUUUUUCUACUAGCGAUUUUAGUUCUUGAUUUUUGAGAUCAUCUUGGAGUCUGUAAUGUGAGAAGGGACCGUUUACAACAAACUAAGGAUUUUUUUUUUUUUGGAAAAAAAAAAACAUUUUAGUUGCAUAUCAUUUCCAAGUUGGUAGUUGGCUAUAUAAAAAGCCUCUCGUACAGAUCUAUGCUUGCUGCAAAUAUGAUAUACAGUUUGACUUGGUUAUGAAGAUGACAUGUAACCAUACACAUUUCGUAUGAUAUAAUAAGUUUGUACUUCCCA